AUGCGCGUCGCGAUUCAGUCUCUCAAGUUCAGUGAAAGCAGCCAAACGCGACAGCAGUUGAAAGCCGUACACAUGCUGAUCUUGGGCAUUGUUUCUUGGAAUAUCUUUAUCGACCAGACGCGCGUGGUCGACGAUCGCCUCGUGUUCCCCAAUGACGACUUCUUCGACUACAACCCCACCGUGGGUGAUAACAGGACUGCAGCAUACAAUAUUGCUAUAGCUGACAAUAGUACUAUAGUUGAUGACGGCACCACUGUGGACGUGCUGCAUCCGGUGGGCAGCAAUGUAACUACAACGGAGCUGCCCACGGUGGACCACCGCUUAGUGUUGGGCAGCGUGGCCAAGUGCCCGCCGGGUCAAAAACUGCAUGCGGGUCAAUGUCGCUUUGGGGCUGAGCUAACUCUUUAAAUAAAAACAUAUUUAGUCGUACAAUUAUUACGUUUGUGUGACAAAUUAA